AUGACAGAUAAGAAACUAAACACUCCGUUCUACUUUGGCGGUCUUGCUUCCUGCUCAGCCGCCAUCAUUGUACAUCCUCUUGAUCUCACCAAAGUUCGAUUACAAAAUGCUAAAGGAAAUCAAACGAUCGGCAUGUUGGGCACUGUAAAGAACAUUAUCCGUACAGAAGGACCAUUGAAGCUGUAUGCGGGCCUUUCAGCUUCGAUCCUGAGACAAGCAACCUAUUCAACAGCUCGACUAGGUGGAUAUGAAAAACUAAAGCAGCUGCUACUCCAAAGAGAGAAAAAUCCAUCUACACUUCAAUUGCUCAUGUGUUCUACUGCUGCUGGUAUUGCUGGAGGCAUAUGUGGUAAUCCAGGCGAUGUCAUUAAUGUUCGUAUGCAAAACGAUGGUCAGCUUCCAGCACAUCUUAAAAGAAACUACAAGCAUGCAUUGGACGGAUUACUAAGAAUGGCCAAGGAAGAAGGCAUCGCUUCGCUCUUUCGUGGAGUUGGACCCAACAUCAACAGAGCCAUUUUAAUGACAUCCUCUCAGUGUGUUUCAUAUGAUCGCUUCAAGGCAUUUUUUCAACAAUACUUAAAUGAAGGCAUAGGGCUACAUUUGCUAUCUAGUACACUUGCAGGUCUAGUCGCUACAACAGCAUGUUCCCCUGUUGAUGUGAUAAAAACUCGCAUGAUGUCUGCUACAGGCGCGGAAGGUAGAUUAUCCGCCUUAGGCGUUACUAUGGCUAUGUAUCGAUCUGAAGGUGUGCUCUCUUUCUUUAAAGGAUGGACCCCUUCAUUCAUGAGAACAGGUCCACAAACCAUUUUUACGUUUAUAUUUUUAGAGCAGUUUAAAAAAUGGCAUGCCAUUUGGCAUCAGAAUAAGGAAAGUCGCAUAAUAGCAACUGUCAAUCUCUGA